GAAAAAACUUGUUUACUGGUACAAUACCUUCAAACAUAGGAAUCAUCUCUAAAGUUUUAAAACUGGACCUCUCUCUAAAUAACUUUGAUGGUACUCUACCUCUUUCCCUUUCUAAUCUAACACUAGUUGAGGAACUUGACCUCUCUGGAAACAAUAUCACUGGCCAAAUAAACCCGAGUUUGUUCCCUAACUCAACAGAACAAACAUCUUCUGGUAUCAUCAGUAUCAAAAGACUUCUCUUUCAAGAUACAUUUCUAGAGGGUCCGAUUCCAUCUACAAUUGGAAACUGCAAAUACCUUUCCCUUAUUGCUUUCGAUAGAAGUCAGUUUUCAGGCCAUAUCCCUUCGUCGAUGGCCAAUCUUAGUGAGUUAUCCAUCCUACGAUUGAAUGAAAAUCAUUUCAGCGGAUCAAUCCCUGCCUUAAUUGGUAGACUCACUAAGUUGACCGAUCUUCGGUUGUUUCUAAAUCAAUUCUCUGGCCAUAUACCUCAAGAUAUUGGCAAUUUCUCAUCGAUGACUAUACUUCAUUUGGGGGCAAACAACUUCACAGGAUCACUACCUCCCUAUGUUUGCAAGGGUGGAAAGCUAGUUAACUUUAGUACUACUGGUAAUAGUUUUACAGGGCCAAUACCAAUAAGCCUUAAAAAUUGUCCCAAUCUGUACCGUGUUCGCCUUGAACAUAACCAACUGACUGGAGAUCUUGAACAGGCCUUUGGAGUUUAUCCUAACUUGAAUUAUAUUGACUUGAGUUACAACAAAUUACGCGGUAAACUGUCAGAAACUUGGGGCAGAUGCCAAAACAUGUCUGUUCUUAGGUUAGCUGGAAACUUUCUUAGUGGUGAAAUACCAAGAAACAUUUUCCAGUUACCUCGGUUGAUGGAAUUAGACCUCUCUUCAAAUCGGCUACAAGGAAAUAUAUCACCUCAAGUUGGACAAAGCUCGAAACUGCUGGAACUGUCUUUGCAAAAUAACGUUCUUUCAGGGCAUUUACCAGUACAGCUUGGAGGCUUAUAUGGAUUACAGCAUCUGGAUAUCUCCAGCAACAAUUUAACUGGACCGAUCCCACACGAAAUCGGAAGGUGCUCAAAUCUGUUGAACUUGAAUUUGAGCAUCAACAGUUUAUCGGGCCAACUUCCCCAUGAGAUCGGGCAGUUAAUUCAGCUACAGAUUUCUUUAGACCUGAGUUAUAAUUCCCUUACAGGAGGGAUACCAGCAGAGCUCGACCAGCUCAUAAGCCUUCAAAGCUUAAACAUUUCUCAUAAUAAUCUGAGUGGCCAAAUCCCUUCUUCACUAGCCUCACUCACCAGCUUACAAGUUGCUGAUUUCUCAUCUAAUGAAUUAGAGGGCCCACUUCCAGACAACAAGGCAUUCUCUUCAUUUCCUUUGCAAUGUUUUGCUGGCAACAAGGACUUGUGUGGUAAAAUUAGAGGCAUGAAACCAUGCAGGAAUUCACAAGCUGCUUCACCUCCCACACGAGGCCGAGGGAGACAAAAGACUGUCAUAGUAAUCACAGCUUCCUCAAUGGCAAGUGCCUUUCUUCUUCUUCUUCUUCUUCUUGUUGUAUCCUGCAGCAUAUUAUUUUGGAGAAGAUGUAAAUUGGGAAAGUGUAGACAAUUACAGCAAGCUCAAGAUUCAGAAGAUGUGUACAGUGCUCUCAACUUCGAUGGGAAACUAGUGUACAGGGACAUAGUGGAAGCCACAGAAAACUUUGACAGUCUGUAUUGCAUUGGAAGUGGCGCAACCGGGAGUGUUUACAAAGCAGCACUUCCGAAUAAUCAAGUAUUAGCAGUUAAGAAGUUCAAAGUGGAAAAGGCAGAGUUAGUGCCUAGGAGUUUCGUGAAUGAAGUAAAAGCAUUAACAGAGAUUCGACAUAAAAACAUUGUGAGGUUUUAUGGCUUCUGUUUGCACAAUAACAUAACAAUGUUGGCGUACAAGUAUGUGGAAAGAGGAAGCUUAGAUGAUGUGUUAAGAAGUAAUGAAGGAUCAAAGGAGCUAGAUUGGGAAAAGAGGGUGAGAAUCAUCAAGGGUGUUGCUGAUGCCCUGGCAUACAUGCAUCACAAUUGCGUACCGCCUAUUGUUCACCGCGACAUAUCAAGUAAAAAUGUUUUGUUGUGCGCUCAAUUAGAGGCUCAUGUCUCUGACUUUGGUACUGCCAAGUUCCUAAAUCCAGAUUCAUCUAAUUGGACUGCACUUGCUGGAACAUACGGCUACCUAGCCCCAGAGUUGGCUUACACCAUGACUAUAAAUGAAAAGUGUGACGUGUACAGUUUUGGUGUUCUAGCACUAGAAGUCCUGAUGGGAGCACAUCCACGAGAGUAUGUUUGGAAGUUGCAUUCCGAUGACCAAAUGGAAAAACAGCUUAAGUAUGUAUUAGACUCUCGUCUUGCUUAUCCAACAGGUUUAAAACUCAUUGAACAGUUGAAGUCUGUAUUAGAAGUAGUCAAUAUGUGCCUUAAUGUCAAUCCGCAAUCCAGGCCUACCAUGAAUUACGUGUCUCAGAUGCUGGGAAGAACCGGAAGACACACCCAAAAAGGAACGGUUGACUUCUCUGACUUGAAUUCGGACAUUGAGGUUUCUUUUGGUUUGACAGAAAACACAUUUUAGGAAUAUGUUUUUUCAAUGUUCCUUGUCUGUUCUCCUUUUUCCCUCCAUAAUAUCUUCCUCAUCUCCUUUUCACUUCCAUUUUUUAUGUCCUUUAAAAAUAAAAAUAAAAUAUUUUACUAUUGUAUUUUUCCUUGAAAAUUAAUUUUUUGAAUUUUCCUUUUUUUUUUCUUCAACCGUUCAUUAUUUUUUUCCACCUCUAUUUCAUUUUUUUCUCUAUACCUUUUUUUUUAAGGAAAACACAAAAACUAUUUUGCAGUUAUGUUUCCCCAUAAAAAUUGUCUUCAGUUAAAACAAAAUGACCGUAAAUGUCCUACCAUGAUUGCUUUCGUAUUCAAAGGCGUCUUGAUAAGUCAAACUCAAGACAUCUAUAUUCAAAGGCAUCUAUAACUUGGGGGUUUGUGGUGUUGAGCACAAUUAGAGGUGUAAAUAAAUCGAUAUGUUUAUGAACAAGUUCGAGCAAAUAUUUAAGAUUUGUUUAUUAAACAAGUUUUAAAUUCGAACAUCUCGUUUAUAGCUCGUAUGCUUUAAUAGAAUAAUACUUCCGUAUGAAAAAUAUAUGUUUCCCUAAUUAAUUAUAAUGU